AUGGCAACUCACAGGGGCCUUCUGAUAAUUAGUGCAAUUUGUGGGAUCCUCUUGGAUGGUUUGGUUUCUGGCUAUCCUUCCCUCGCAACUACCAGUCCCGCCCACCUAAGUGUCUCUGAAAACUCCGCCAGAAUCACUUCUGACAGGGCUCGACCUAUAAGCCUCGCUAGAUUUUCUACAAAAGGUAGUGGAACUAGACCAGUAUUGGAUAGCUUUGCCACAUCAGAUGCACAAGGCAUAGACUCAAAUCUGGGACAAAUACUAGCAAGAAAGACGUUUUCAGACGCUCCACACUCAUCCGACCCCGUAUGGCUGACCGUAGUGAUGGACUUUCCAGAGAACCAUGGAAACGUCAAAGAUGUGCAAUGA